GAACAGAAGCGAAAUCUAAUCCAGGGGGAUGCAGAAAAACGGACAUUUCCAUGUCUUUUUGGAACGACUGAAAAAGUUUUUUUUUUGUUUUUUUUGAAGAAAAAGUCAAUUAAAUGACGAAAGAACAGCAGCAGAUCCACACAUUUAUCGCCAAAGCCGCACUUUCGCAGCUCGUUGCUAGAGGACCGUUCAACAUUAGGCAAGCUGGAGCUCUUAAAUUAAGCGCAGGGACACUGGCCUUGGCCAAUCAGCACCCAGGAAGCGUGCGCGACUCCAAGACAGAGGGGAAAGAGGAUUCUUCGGGUCUGACAAGCAACCGGUCCAAUCAACUCUGAGUAACGGGGUUAAAGAACCCGCCCAAAGGCAAUUAAGGGUAAAGGACGAAAAAAUUUGGGGGAAACUUUUUUUUUUUUUUUUUUUUACGGAAAAAGAGAUGGAGAGAGGUGGGACAAGGGUUUCGUAGUGAAGAAAACAAUAGAGAAGUGGAAUAAGUGACAGGAAGAUUCGACGGAAAGCCAACAAAUUUAGAACGACCUGGAACUGAAGAAAAAAAAAAAUCAGAAGUUGAUAAACGCAGAGCUUAUCUCUAAAGUAUCGCGUCAGUGGUUAGUUGAACUAGCGUCACAAUCCUGUUCCGAACUGUUACUUAAAUGUUGCUUAAGUUAUGUAAUGUUGUUCGGAGCUGCUGGGAACUAUCCUCGAAAAUGAAGUAUGGUCGCAGAUCGAUCCUUGACGGAAAAUUAUGCGAAGUGCUAUAAUUUAUAUGCUUGAUAAUUAAAACUUGAAUUAAUUCGAAUGCAGUCACGAGCGACAGAGAGGCGCAGUUGGAGCGAGGCUUAGAUAAUAAACAUAUUCUACAAAAAGAGACGUUUUCCUUUUUCCCUCUGUCUCUUCCAACGUAUCCCCAUCUCUCCGGCGGGAUGGGGACCGCGCCGGAUUGGGAAGAGGGUGAACUGGAGUUUAAAUUAGUGUUCGAGGAAGAUCCGCCGCGAGGCCCAUCGCCGUGCCGCUUAGGAGAAAGGCCGGACAGCAGCACCGAUGGCUUUCAGAGUGCCUCUCACGCCGGCCAGCCAAUCGGCAUCCCUGCUGGUCAGCCGUCAACCAAUCUCAGGGCAGGGAUGCACUCUCCGCCCCCCAGACGGGCAUUGGUGAGGGAGUACAGUGGGACGUACGAGAGCUUGCCAGCACGCUCCAUACAGGUGUCAGAGUCCAGGAUCCUGGAAUGCCCCAGUAUUCAGAUCACCACCAUCUCCCCGGAGGAGGAGUAUGGAGGGGGUAGUUGUUGGGACGGAGGGGGCGGGUGGGACAGGGAACGGCUCUAUCUGCCCCUCCAGGAUCCCUUCUGUUACCGGGAGGGCAUGACAGGGGGCGGGUCUCUCAGCCCCAGCCCCGCCUCCAGCCCCUCCUCUCGGGGGUGGCUCAGCCCAGCCUCCAGCUGUGAUUCGCUGCUGGUGGAGGAGGAGGAGCUCAACGAAGCCACCGCCCAGUUCGGCCUUUCUCCGUCCUCCCGGCCAACUUCCCCUGGGGGCAAGAAACGCAGGAACUCGCCCCUGGCCUCCCCCUGCACCUCCCGCAGGGGCAGUUACUCUGAGGAGUACCCCUGCUCCCCGCAGAGUUCUGACUCUGUCUGCCAGAACCAGGCUUCUCCCGGCUGCCUUGAACUGAACAUUCCGCAGAAGACCAGGAAGACAUCCUUGGGUCAGGUCUCGCCCAGGGAGGUGGAGUCAGACCAGGCCCCGCCCCCUGGGUCCACCUGCCCUCUACCGGACCCGCUGCAGGCCAGGAGAGACCCCUCCUCCCUGGGCAUGGACUACCUGUGUGUGCCUCAGGCCCUGGGCUGGGGCAGAGCCAGGGCAAGCGCCCACAGCCCCAUCUUCAGGUCCACUGCUCUUCCGCCACUUGAUUGGCCACUGCCAUCCCAGUUUGACCAAUACGAGUUGCGUAUCGAGGUGCAGCCCCGCCCACAUCACCGCGCCCAUUAUGAAACGGAGGGAAGUCGCGGUGCGGUCAAGGCCACCCCAAGUGGUCAUCCAGUUGUCAAGCUCUUGGGGUAUACAGAGAGACAGCCCCUCUCCCUGCAGGUGUUCGUUGGAACAGCUGAUGAUCGAUCCAUUCGCCCACACCCUUUCUACCAAAUACACAGGGUUACAGGUAAAAUGGUCGGCACUGCCAGUCAGGAGAGCAUCCAGGCUGGGACCAAGCUGCUGGACAUCCCCCUCAACCCUGAAACCAACAUGACUGCUCUUAUUGACUGCGCAGGGAUCCUGAAGCUGCGGAACUCGGACAUCGAGCUGCGCAAGGGGGAGACGGACGUAGGGAGGAAGAACACGCGUGUUCGCCUGGUGUUCCGUACGCACCUGCCCCUGGCCCCGCCCACCGCCACGCCCACGGCCCCGCCCGGCCGAGUGCUCGCCCUGCAGGUGGCCUCCCUGCCCAUCGAGUGCUCUCAGCGCUCGGCUCAGGAGCUGCCAGUGGUGGAGUCCAUUAGCCUAUCGUCCUGCUCCGUGGAGGGAGGGGAGGAGCUUCUCCUGAGCGGAGCUAACUAUCUGACCACCUCUAGAGUCAUAUUCAUGGAGAGAGGGACUGAUGGCAAGCUCCAAUGGGAAGAGGAAGCUUGUGUGAACCGGGACAAAAGUAGUGAAUGCUUACUGUCCGUGCGAGUCCCAGCCUACAGUGACCUGUCUGCGAUUCGGCCAGUGUCCGUCAGUCUGUACGUGUCCAAUGGGAAGAGGAAAAGAAGCAGCACACACUGCUUCAAGUACCUGCCAGUCAUGUUUAAACAGGAGGACCCUCUCUCUGUGUCCCACCGCAUCGUUGUGCCUCUGGACGGUGUGACCCUGUGUCCUGUAGGGGGUCUGAGAGAAGCAGAGGCUGAUGCGAUACUGGUGGGCGGGGACUGUGAGGACGGAGAGCUGGGGUUGGUGAGGGCAUAUCCACCCCCUUCCUUGCAGGGGUACCGUGAGGCGGAGGGGCUGGAGGAGGGGCCUGAUCGUGGGGGGGCCCUGUCUGAGAGGAACCCCAGCCUGGAGAACCUGGAGCUGGGGUUCACCGAGCUGCUGCCCCCCCUGUACCCCCGAAACCCCCAAACACCCUCGCCCUGCCCCUGGCUCGACUCCCCGUAUCUCUCCUCCUCCCCCUCUCCUUCCUGUUCCUCCUCUCUCUCUCCCUUUCCAGCCAGUAGCCCCCACACCUCCACGCACUCCCUGUACUCCAGCUGCCCCUACCCCCCAGAAAUAUGCCCCUCCCCACCCCGCCACCCUUCCCCCUACCAGGACUUUUACACCCAGCCGUGCACUCAGUUUGAAGGUUGGGAGCCCCAGGGCGGGGGGCCUGCCGGGAGGACUACCCCAGGAUCGGGAGCUCCGACUGGGGUGAAGAUGCAGGAAAGUGCCCUGGAUUAUGCAGGCCCGUCGGCCAUUCAGCAGAUCACUCUGGAGGAAGUGAGCGAGUUCAUCGGAGAAGACUUCGGCCCGUUCCCACGGGAACACAGCAGGCCGUGACGAGCACAGAUGCUGCGGUUCCCGGCCCACAUCGGCUUUCCAUUGCUCAUGUCUUUAUUAUGUUAUAUUGCACGGUAUGAGCAUUUGAUAUUGGGAGAGACUGCGGUAGGCGGAGUCUCGUUUCUGAGUGGGCCUCCCGUUGUCAGUCUAUGUAUAGAUAUCCAGUCCUAUAUAUUUUACUAAACAAACAAAGUUUUUCAUCUGUUUUCAAAAUAAACUAUGCAAGUAAAGUG